GUCAGUGUGCCCGGCAAUCCUGAAAUAGCGGUAGCCGAGCUUCGCAGAGCACCUUCGCUUUGCGUGGCCUUGUUUUCACGGUGGCGACGCCCAGCGACGUGCCCUCAGAGCAUCAUGCCGCUGAAAGGGGUCGAGCUCGAAGUUGCCGAAGGCAUAACGGAACAUUCGAGCCGCGUGGCACUGAAAGGAGUUUUUCAGAACUUCGGUGAUGUGGUGUCAUGCUGGGUGCCACCAGUGGAUAGACGAGGCACGGACAAGGCCUCGGUGCGCUUCGCCAACGCCCAGGCCGCCGAGGCGGCGAAGGAGGCGUGCGACGCCGGGCAGGUCUUCCUGCAAGGCAUGAUGGUCAAGGCAAACUGGCGAUCGGGAGGAGGUAGGAGAGUUGGCAACAGCGACCUUGGCGAGCUCAGCAAAGCCAAUGAUUUUGAGGACGGCGGCAUGAGGAUUCGCUCGAGGAAGGGAAAGAUGCCCUCGUUGAACAACAUGAAGGAUCAGUACUUCAUCGUGUAUGCCCGAUCUCCGAAGAUCAAGGAGUGGAAGCCUCUCAACAUCGUCAGUGGCUCCGAGGCCAUGAAGACCCUGAAAAGUGCCACCGACAACCGGAUCGCCAAGACUGUUGGUGCCGACAAGUUGGCAGAGGGCCAGGUCGUGAAGGGAAUCGGCAUGCAGCUCUACAAGCAGAAGGAUGAGAUCUUCGACCAGGCCAAGCAGAUGCACCCAGGCCUGGCAUUCACCCAGGAAAUUCAGUUCGGCUUCAAGGAGAUCAAGAACAACACGCAGUUCAAUGACAAUCCAGGCUCCUUCAUGGACAUGCGGGGCAUCCAGGUGGUUCCUCCCGAGGAGGAGUUGAGGAACCUGUUGGAUGCUGCAGGCGAGGCCGUCGAGGAGGCGCAGCAGCAGGUGGGCAAAGUCGGAGAUCAGGUGAAGGGAUUCUUCUCGUCUGGCGGCUGA